CCAGCUAGCAUCAACAGUGGCUAAGGUCCUCAUCAAUGAUUGGUUCUGCAUGUUUGGUGUACCGGGGCGUAUUCACUCCGACCAAGGCAGAAACUUUGAGAGCCACCUCAUCCAACAACUCUGCAGCAUGUAUGGGAUAGAGAAGAGUCACACCACCCCCUAUCAUCCAGCUGGUAAUGGACAAUGUGAACGUUUCAAUCGUACACUACACAACCUCCUACGCACCUUACCAGUAACCAAGAAAAGGGAUUGGGCCAGCUACCUACCUCAGGUGACCUUUUCCUACAACACCACACCACAUCAAUCCACCGGUGAGUCCCCAUAUUUUCUAAUGUUUGGACAAGACCCUCACUUACCUGUAGAUUUCCUUCUGGGCAGAGUUCCUGAACCCACAGCUGGCAGCACUCACGCCUGGAUCACAGAGCAUCAAACCCGACUCCGACAUGCAUUUGAGGCAGCUAGACAGCAUCUGGAGGCAGCAGCUGAAAAGCGUAAGCAGAACUACGACCGACAUGUGAAGGAUGCUCCCCUACAAGAAGGCAAGCUUGUUUUCCUGAAGGAUGUGGGAGCAAGGGGGCGGCACAAGAUCCAAGACAUCUGGGGCCCAAUACUCUACAAAGUACUUAAGGCUCCAGCCGCUGGAGGAUCAGUGUACACCAUCGCUCCUGCUGACAACCUCGACCAGGUGAAGCAUGUCCACCGCUGCCUGCUGAGAGGUAAAGUGGAUAGUGUGACCGACUGCAACCCACCAGAGACCCCCCAAGUGGCUGAACCUCCUCCCCAGAAUGAAGCUUCAGCAGAUGGUGAAUGGUUUGUUGUGAUUCCUGAGGUAACCCCAGCAACAAAUCAACCUUUACCAACUCGGGCCCCCUUAGCAGCUCCCACAGAAGAUGCUGUACCACCACCUGCUCCUCAAGACCCUCAGCAGCAGUUGGAGGAGACAAACCCUAUAGCUCACAGUGGAGCAUCCCAGCGCAGGACCCCUCGCACAAAUGCUGGCCAACACCCGAACCCACAUCACCUCCCUCAGGCAGCACAGAGUAGGGCAAUAGGGGCUACGAACUCUCACACUCCCGGGCAUACUGCCUUUGUCUUUAGGCCAUGGCAGUAAGAGUAAAUCGUCGGGUCGCCGAUUCAAAACCCAGGGGCAGAUUGUGGCAGGCAGCACCUUGCUGCUAUUGAAUGCAGCUCUCCCUCCUCCUCUAACCCCUCCCUUCCCCUAAUCAGGUCAGCUGAACAAAAGGCAGCAGCUCACCUGCAGUCGGCCUUCUGAUCUGCUCAGAGUGCUGGUGAGUAGGGUGGCUGGUAACUUUUUAAUCUUUAGAGUUUUAUGAUUGCUUUUAACAGCAUGUCCUUUUUGUUUGUAGGUGGUAGACCUGCUGCUGUUUUGUUGCCCCCAUUAAUUGUAGUUAUUUUGCCUGUUACUUUGAUUGUUUCUGCCCUUUUGAUUGGUUUCCCCCCUUACUUGGUUUGUUUCUACUUCUAAGUUUGGUUGUUUUACACAGUUACUCCCCCAUUAGUUUGCAUUCUGUUCUUAGUUACCCUUAGUUGCUUUUCUCCUUAGUAAUUCUAGUUUUACCAACUGGGUUCGCUGGUUUGUUUGUUUGUUUCUUUGGUUAAUUCUUUUAUUUUAUUUCAGAGGUUGAGCCCACUAGUUUGGGAGGCUAGGCACCCCGGGUGAGGGCCCUCCACCUUUGCAUGAGUUUGACACCGGGUCACAAGACUACACCGAUUUUGUUUCUUUUGUUGAAGGUUUGCAGUGUGUGUGCUGUGCUUCACUUGGUGAGUAUAAGGGAGCACCCCCCUGCACUUUCCCUCUGUAGUCUGCCUCCCUUCUGGUGGCCUCAGCUUAUCUUAAGUUAACUUAGUUUGGGUUUCUUUGAUUUAGUUUAAGUUGGGGUUAUUGUACUUUUUAACUUUUGUAGAAGGCCUUGUUUUAAAUUUUAUUAUAGAAAUAAAAUUAACUUUCUUGCCCCUUAUCUG